AUGGUGAGACGGAAGAUAGCGAUGAAGCUUAUAGAGAACAAAGCAAGCAGGCAAGUGACAUUCUCAAGAAGGCGAAAUGGACUGUUAAAGAAGGCUUUUGAGCUCUCAGUUCUGUGUGAUGCUGAGGUUGGUCUCAUCAUCUUCUCUCCCACAGGCUUGCUCUAUGAAUUUUCAAGCUCCAGCUGGCAUGAGACAAUUGAACGGUAUCGAAGUUAUGCCAGAGAUGCUGAGACAGCCACUAGAUUCCUGGAACACAAUAUGAAGGAAGAAACAGAUAGGAAGAUGGAGAAGGUUGAGCUUCUUGAAGCUUCAAAACGGAAACUCAUGGGAGAAGGAUUGGGAUCAUGCUCCUUUGAUGAACUACUAGAAAUACAGCAACAGUUGGAAAGGAGUGUGAUAAAUGUUCAAGCAAGAAAGAUUAAGGCUUUUACGGAACAAAAGGAGCGACUAAAAGACAAGGGAAAAGCCCUAGAAGCAGAAAACGCAAGGCUCUGUCAGAAGUAUGGUAUAGAGCCAUGUCAAGUGACAGGGAAAGCUAGUGAAAAUCUAGCAUCCUUAAAUGUGGAAACUGAUUUGUUCACUGGACUCCCACAAACAAGCACAAGAGACAAUAUUCCACAUCCUUGA